GAGGCGCUGCGGCGGCGGCGACGGCGGCGGCCGCAGCUGGAGCUGUCGCGGGCUGGGGCGGUUGGGCUGGCGGGUGAAGCUCGUGGCCAUGGAGUGGGGCUCUGAGUCUGCGGCUGUGAGGCGGCACCGCGUCGGCGGGGAACGUCGGGAGGGACCGGCGACGGCCGCUGCGCAGCCGGAGAGGGAGGCCCUGGCGCAGGAGCCCCUGGUGGAGGCGUGCAGCGGCGCGAGGACGCGGAAGCGGAGCCCAGGGGGUAGCGGCGGCGCGAGCCGGGGCGCGGGGACCGGGCUGUCAGAGGCGCGCACGGCGCUGGGGCUCGCGCUCUACCUGCUCGCCCUGCGGACGCUCGUGCAGCUCUCGCUGCAGCAGCUCGUGCUGCGCGGGGCCGCUGGGGACCGCGGAGAGUUCGACGCGAGCCAAGCCAGGGAUUAUCUUGAACACAUAACAUCAAUUGGCCCCAGGACCACAGGGAGUCCAGAAAAUGAAAUUCUGACGGUUCGCUACCUUUUGGAGCAGAUUAAGCUGAUUGAAGCUCAAAGCAGCAGCCUUCACAUGAUCUCGGUGGAUGUGCAGCGGCCCACGGGCUCCUUCAGCAUUGACUUCUUGGGGGGUUUCACGAGCUACUAUGACAACAUCACCAAUGUUGUGGUGAAGCUGGAACCCAGAGAUGGAGCCCAGCAUGCCGUCCUGGCCAACUGUCACUUUGACUCAGUGGCGAACUCACCAGGUGCCAGUGAUGACGCGGUGAGCUGCUCCGUGAUGCUGGAGGUCCUUCGUGUCUUGGCAACGUCUUCCGAAGCCUUGCAUCAUGCUGUCGUGUUCCUUUUUAAUGGUGCUGAGGAAAAUGUCUUGCAAGCCAGUCAUGGUUUCAUUACUCAGCACCCCUGGGCCAGCUUGAUUCGUGCAUUUAUUAACCUGGAGGCAGCAGGUGUUGGAGGGAAAGAACUCGUGUUCCAAACAGGUCCUGAAAAUCCUUGGUUGGUUCAAGCUUAUGUUUCAGCAGCAAAACACCCUUUUGCUUCUGUAGUGGCUCAGGAGGUGUUUCAGAGUGGAAUCAUUCCCUCGGAUACCGACUUUCGCAUCUACAGGGAUUUUGGGAACAUUCCAGGAAUAGACUUAGCUUUUAUUGAAAAUGGAUACAUUUAUCACACCAAGUAUGACACAGCAGACAGAAUUCUAACGGAUUCCAUUCAGAGAGCAGGUGACAACAUUUUAGCAGUUCUUAAAUAUCUGGCGACAUCUGAGAUGCUGGCUACUUCUUCUAAGUACCAACAUGGAAACAUGGUUUUCUUUGAUGUGCUUGGCCUCUUUGUCAUUGCCUACCCCUCUCGAGUCGGCUCGAUAAUCAACUACAUGGUGGUAAUGGCUGCUGUUUUGUACCUGGGCAAAAAACUGUUCCAGCCCAGACAUAAAACUGUCAACUACACGAAAGACUUCCUGUGUGGACUUGGCAUCACCCUGAUUAGCUGGUUCACUAGCCUUGUUACGGUUCUCAUUAUAGCAGUGUUCAUCUCUCUCAUUGGACAGUCUCUCUCAUGGUAUAACCACUUCUAUGUCUCCGUUUGUCUGUAUGGAACAGCUGCUGUAGCCAAAAUAAUACUCAUACAUACCCUUGCAAAAAGAUUUUAUUUCAUGAAUGCCAGUGACCAGUAUCUGGGAGAAGUAUUUUUUGACAUCUCGCUGUUUGUGCAUUGUGGUUUUCUUGUAACCCUCACUUAUCACGGACUUUGCUCAGCAUUCGUUAGUGCUGUCUGGGUAGUGUUUCCAUUGCUCACAAAGCUUUGCGUGCACAAGGACUUUAAGCAGCAUGGUGCCCAAGGAAAAUUUGUUGCUCUUUACCUUUUGGGGAUGUUUGUCCCUUAUCUUUAUGCACUGUACCUCAUCUGGGCGGUGUUUGAGAUGUUUACCCCCAUCCUUGGGAGGAGCGGCUCGGAAAUCCCACCUGAUAUCGUGCUGGCAUCCAUCUUGGCUGGUUGUACGAUGAUCCUCUCUUCUUAUUUUAUUAACUUCAUCUACCUUGCCAAAAGCACCAAAAAAACCAUGCUGUCUUUAACUCUGGUGUGUGCAGUUACGUUCCUCUUGGUUUGCAGUGGAACUUUUUUCCCAUAUUCCUCCAGUCCUGCCAGUCCAAAGCCAAAGAGGGUGUUCCUUCAGCACGUGACUAGAGUAUUUCAUGACCUGGAAGGAAAAGUAGUUAGACGAGACUCUGGAAUAUGGAUUAAUGGUUUUGAUUACACUGGCAUGUCGCAUAUAACGCCACACAUCCCUGAGAUCAAUGACACCAUCCGCGCUCACUGUGAGGAGGACGCGCCCCUCUGUGGUUUCCCUUGGUAUCUGCCGGUGCACUUUCUGAUCAGGAAAAACUGGUAUCUUCCUGCCCCAGAAGUUUCUCCGAGAAAUCCUGCUCAUUUCAGACUUAUAUCCAAAGAACAGACACCUUGGGAUUCUGUAAAGUUGACUUUUGAAGCAACAGGACCAAGCCAUAUGUCCUUCUACGUCCGAGCUCAUAAAGGGUCAACACUGUCUCAGUGGUCUCUUGGCAAUGGCACACCGGUCACGAGUAAAGGAGGGGACUACUUUGUAUUUUAUUCCCAUGGACUCCGGGCUUCUGCAUGGCAGUUCUGGAUAGAAGUGCAGGGCCCAGAGGAACAGCCUGAAGGAAUGGUCACUGUGGCCAUCGCUGCCCACUAUCUAUCUGGGGAAGACAAGAGAUCCCUGUCACUGGAUGCUCUGAAGGAGAGGUUCCCAGAUUGGUCGUUUCCUUCUGCCUGGGUGUGCACCUACAAUGUCUUUGUGUUUUAGUCUUGGGGAUGAGCUCUAAGUACAUGCCCAGUGGAUACUCCAUGUGACACAGUUUCUCCCUAUGUUACGUGGAUGUUUGUAACGUAAGUCAAUGAGUUUAAUGCACAUAUGUUUGAAGAGCUUUUUUGGUUAACACUUUUCAGGGCCAAGCACUGUAAUGGUUAAGCUGUGAGACAUGCAUGGCCUUUUUGACACUUGAAAAUGCCAGUUUUCUGGCACUUAAGCACAUGUGGGUAUUGCCACUGUCAUUGUAUAUGACCUUAAGGACAAAAGCCAACAACCACUUUAGUAGCUGUCCUUCUAGGAAGGAAACAUGUAAACCAUCAGACCAUUCUCAGUGGGACUUGUCAUUUCCAGUUAGAGCAAGACCCUCUGUUAGGACAAGGAUGGUGGGUAAAACACCCUUCACUACGGUGAUGAUUCCCCUCGAGAUCUAACUCCAUAGGUCAGUAGAAAGUGGCUGUCGUAAGGACGGGGGAAGCACUGCACCUGAGAGCUGUUUCUUCAGGCAACCUCUCUCUCUGUCUCGAAGCCUGGACCUGAUGGGGUGCUGUAUGCUGGGGUUAACACAAGUGUCUUGACUAGUGGUCACUGAAAUCCACUCAGGCUGUUUACCCCUGAAACUAUCCAUUUGAUUGGUUGCGUUACCUUUCCCUAAGGAAUUUCAUACUUUUUUUUUUGGUUUUUAGUAUUUGUGCAAGUACAUGACCCUAACUUCCUUAGAGCACUGAACUGCCACUGUGGUUAUUGUGGGGUAGGAGGAGAGUGGUUGGGAUAAGGUGACAAUUUUCUAAGUAUUUAUUCUGUUUUGUAGGAGUCUUUUUACACUGAUGACCUAGGCCCUUUGUGCUUGCCAGCCAGGUGAAUAGAGUAGUGUCUCAGUAAGUUACGGCACCGUAGACUGGCUUUCCUGACACGUGAGACUGUUCUGGAAUAAGCCCACUGUACCCAGAGUUGCUGGUGUUCAGACCCUGCAUAAUCACAGUGCUGACGCUUUUCAGUUUGAAAGGCAUUAACUCAUUAGUUGCAUAGGCAAAAGAAAGUUGAAAGAAAAGGUACAGCAAAGAAGACGAAAGCAAGGUUUACAUUUUUGGGGAGCUAAGGGAAUAUGCAGAAUGCUCGCUGAAAAGUGGUCCCCUCAGAUCUCAACGGAAAGCUGCACAGUGUGUAUGAUGUGCUUUCUUAAUCACGCUCAUCUUGCCUAAUUUGUGACUCCCUAAAGACUGGGCUCAUGCAGGCAGAGCUGAAUGGUAAGGUGCAUCAGUGACUUGACCUGGUAGAAAUGCUGUAUUGCUGGUAGUAAGUUGGUAAGAGUCACAGUUAUAAAGAAAAGGAAAGAGUAAUAUAUCAAUGAAUUUCAAAAGGCAGGCGUAUUUUCUGUCCCUGUGGUUAAUCUGAAAUAGAUUAUUGAGGAUCUUCUGUGAAAAAAAACUUUGGAGAGGAUGUUGUUUUUUCAUUGACAACCAUGAUUCUCCUUUGGGGUGGUUUCACUUAUCUUCAGCAUUUUCUAGCUUUGAUAUUGUGCUAACUAGUCUCAGGGCCAGGGUAACAUCUUAGGUAGUUAUUUUAGUAUCGGAAAUGGUCAAGUGAUCACCAUAAAUAUUAUGGCGCUAUUAGGAAGUACAUUGUCAUAUCAGUAGGCUCUGUAAUGAAUGUUAGUUUUUUUUUUUUUUUAAAGAGUAUCUGAGCAUUUGCAUAACUUCUAAAAGGGUCUUUCCAAGCUCUAUCAAAUGCAUUAUGUUCUGCAGAAAUAAAUACAAGUAGCACAGUACUCCAUAUUCAGGGAAAAUAUGAAGAAUUUACUUCCUUAUGUUGAUGUAAGAAUGAGUGUCGCAUGAAGUGUUUGUUUCCACAGUUUAGCAGAAGUAAACAUAGGAUUCCUUAAGAUGUCACCACCGAGGGGGCCACAAGCCAGCCUGCUGACUCAGGAAGCUGUAGGAAGGAUGAUUGUAUCUGUCCAAUUCUGGUUUACUGCCUUGUUGAGGAUUAAUUGUUGCCUUACAAUGUUACGGAAAUAAACUUUUUAACAUAA